AUGAAUAUAAUUAAACCAUUGAAUGGAUUUAAAAUACUUGAUAUGAGUAGAGUGUUGGCAGGUCCAUGGUGUACACAAACAUUGGGUGAUUUGGGUGCCGAUGUCAUUAAAAUAGAACAUCCCCAUGGCGAUGACACUAGACAAUGGGGACCUCCCUUCUAUAAGGAUCCCAAUGGAAACAUUCAAACUGCCUACUUUGCCUGUACAAAUAGAAAUAAGAGAUCAAUUGCUAUCGAUAUCUCAAAAGAUCAAGGUCAAAAGGUCAUUCAUAAUUUAGCAAAAGAAUGUGAUGUUGUCAUUGAGAAUUUUAAAAGUGGAUCAUUGAAAAAGUAUAACCUGGAUUAUCAAUCAUUGUCUCAUAUUAAUCCAAAGAUUGUAUAUUGUUCAAUUACAGGAUUUGGAUUGACUGGACCAUUAAAAGAUUUACCUGGGUAUGAUUUUGCGAUACAGGCGAUGGGUGGAUUGAUGAGUAUUACGGGGUCAGAGGAUCAACCGUACAAGGUUGGUGUGGCAGUGGUUGAUUUGAUGACUGGUAUGUAUGCAAAUGUGGCGAUUCAAGCAGCACUGCAUCAUCGCAAUCAAACUGGUCGUGGUCAACACAUUGAUAUCAGUUUGUUGGAAGUACAAGCUGCAUUUUUGGCAAAUAUAGCAUCGAGUCAUCUCGUAACUGGAAACGAUCCAAAACGUAUUGGUAAUUCACAUCCAAGUAUAUCUCCAUACGACUCUGUCAAGACAAGUGAUGGGUUUAUUGUUCUGGCAGUUGGCAAUGACUCCCAAUUCAAAUCACUUUGUUUGACACUUGGUUUGGAACCCAGUGUCUCUUUUGAAUCACCUCUAUUCCUUUCCAACUCUGAUCGUGUUGCCAAUAGACCACAACUAUUACACCUUAUCACCGAAAAGAGUCAGCUCUGGACCACCGACCAAUUAGUCGUUUCACUUGGCAAGGCUAAUGUUCCUUGUUCACCAGUCAACAAAUUAUCACAAGUUUAUUCACAUCCUCAAAUAGUAUCAAGAGGUUUAGUUUGGGAUAUUCCUCUCAAAAAAGAAGAAGAAGGAGAAGGAGGAAACAAUAACGUCGAGAAACAAGAAAAAGAAAAGAUUGUUACAAAUGAUGGAAAAUAUUAUAAUCUUGAUACACUACGUACAGUUGGAUCACCAAUUCAUUUUAGUGAAACUAAUUUACAUACAGAUGAUAAACAAAAUACUCCACCUCCAACACUUGGUCAACAUACCAUUGAAAUAUGUCAACAAUUGGGUUACACUAAAGAUGAAAUUGAUAAAUUAAAAGAUUCUAAAAUUAUCUUUUAG